AUGUUGGCAUUGGACUCGUCACGUCAACAACAAACAUCAUACUUUCACGACGUCCCUAUGGACCCAGCAUUGGUCGAUCCGUUCGGAUUCCAAAUGGAUAACCUCGGCGGGUUUGGGCAGACUUCUGGUUCAACCAGCGCCCCAACAUCUUAUUACGAAACAUCACCUGUUUAUGCUGAUUCGCAGCUUGAGCCCAAAACUUCCGGUUUCCCUCCCAUGCCUCCUACUCCCCCAUCCCUUCCAGUACCCUAUUCCACAGAGCCUUAUAUGUCGGGCCUCUCCAGUGCAUCUGGGCCCUCCAUCGCAAGCGCAUCAUCAUCGGCGAUCGGUUCGCCAUACUCCGGUACAGCACAUACCUUCCCGGAGAGCUGGGUCGAUACUAACCACGGUAUCGGGCUUCCUGCAGCCGUCAUGGAUGAGUUCUUUCCCAAUGAGUUUAUGGGAAGCUCGUUAGAAGCGGAUCAUAUGUAUCAGAGGAAAGGCCCAGACGACUUUGUUGAACACUUGAGCUUCUCAGCCAACUGUGGAUAUUUCCUUCAGUCUCCCGACCCAUCUCACCUCCCCGUUGCCGAGAACUACUCCGCAGAUCACCUUUCACAAACAGGACUGGCAGUCUCUUCUCCUAUUUUGAACUCUGCCCCCCACUCACGCCCUGUUUCGAUCUAUGACCGGAGGUCGUCCAUUUCAUCCACCAAUUCCCGUCGAUCUCAGCUGAGUCCAGCUGCGAGCGUCGCAGAUUUUGAUGAAGAGAGCAGGGAGAAAGGACGCUGUCCUCAUCCCGAUUGCGGAAGAGUCUUCAAGGAUCUGAAGGCUCAUAUGCUCACGCAUCAAUCAGAACGACCCGAGAAGUGCCCCAUAGUUACGUGCGAAUACCACGUUAAGGGAUUCGCUCGUAAAUAUGACAAGAACAGACACACGCUCACCCAUUACAAGGGAACCAUGGUUUGUGGAUUCUGUCCAGGUUCUGGGUCACCUGCGGAGAAAAGCUUCAACAGAGCGGAUGUCUUCAAGCGUCACUUGACCUCUGUGCAUGGCGUUGAGCAAACACCACCCAACUGUCGCAAGAGGAGUCCUGGUGCAGCUUCUGGCAAGAAGGUCUCGGAUUAUUGCCAGGAUGCCACUGGCAAAUGCUCAACUUGCUCGGCCACCUUCAGCAACGCACAGGACUUUUACGAGCAUCUUGAUGAUUGUGUUCUCCGGGUUGUGCAACAAGUAGAGCCUAGCGAGGUUAUUAACCAGCAACGGCUGGCGGAAGUGGACUGCGAUGAGGAGGUCAAGAAGACCAUGGAGAAGCACAAGCUUCUCGGUGCCGCCGGCGACGUCGAUGAUGAACCUGAAGAAGAUGACGAUUAUAACGAACUCAAUCUUCAGCUGCGAUCAAGCAAAGGUGCAUUCAAGUCAAACAAAGCGAAUUCGAGCUUAGGAUCUCGUUCCAUCUUGGGUGGCCACAACGCUGUUACCAAAAAUGGCAAGGCCCGUGCAACCAUUUCGAAAAGGCGCAACAACCGCGAUCGCUACCCUCCUUCCUGGGGCUGCCCCAGCAGCAGCAUGAAGACGAAGAAGCGCGUCUUGUGCGUCUUCGACGGCCAGCGCCGUCUGUGGAAAGAUGAAAUGAUGCUCGACAAUGAGUUCGAAGUACGGCUGAAGCUUCCCGGAGGAGCUGGUGACGGUACAAACCGGGAGGCAUAUAUAACCGACCUGGAUGUCGAGACUUUAAAACGUGCUGAAGGCGUGUUGAGCGCCAACGAGGAUGAAAGGGGUCCCUGGUUAGAGGGACCGGCAACCCAUCUCAUGGGACAGCCAGCGACGAUGUUGCAUACACUUUCUCAUCCUCACGAAGAUGUCGAUAUCGAUGACUUGAUGUCAUGA